UUGAACAAAUGUCUGCUUAAUCAGCCAAAAUUAAGAAACAUUGUCCCCGAUACUGAGGAUAAUUCAAGGAAGAAGAUUGUUUUAUUAAAUCCAAACGUUUCAUUAACCGAAGGGGACGAGGAACUGUUAAAGAAGUGCAAUUGUGAAAGGGUACAAUAUGAGCUUAGUUUGGAUUAUGAAUAUUGGAAUUCUGAUCAAGUCCUGAGGGCUGUACUGCCUGAAGAUAUUGGGGAAGUCACUACUGCGUUUGAAAGUGUUGGUCAUAUUGCACAUAUGAAUUUGAGGGAGUGCCAGUUGAGUUAUAAGCAGUUAAUUG